AUGAAGUUCUCCCUCGCAGCAACAACACUUUGCGCCCUCAGCAGCGCCUCGGCCGCAGCUGUGCCAGUGAUCGAUCCCCGCGCUCCAACCGUUGUGGGCACCAUUGAUGCCUCGGUCAAUACUGUGAAGAACACUCUGCCGACUUAUCUGUCCACCAUCGAGUCAAGCGUCGCUACGAUCGCGGGCGAGGCCAAUGUUUAUACCGCAAUUGCCCAAGCUGCCAUUGCUGCUAUUCAGGGUAGCGCAGCUAACAUCACUGCGACCCUCAACGCUGCUGCUGGAAACAUCCUUCGUGCGACCCUCACCGCAACCGGAGAAAUCAACACCAGGGCUGCGAUCCUCAUCCAAAGCGAGGUCGACCUUCUGGCUCAGGACCUGCAGGCCAUCGGCGUCAUCCUCCAGAAUAUCAAUGCCACAGUCACCAUCGUGCACGCGGACCUCGACGCGGCUGCCAAUCAGCUUGUACAAAAUGAGAUUGCGGCGGUCGCAUCGGCCAUUCAACCCUUCGUCGGCCCAGUGACAGCAUUCGCCAACGCGGCUGCCACACUCAGUAUUGGGGCUCAGGUGUCUGGACUUCGUGGCGCGAUCACCGGGGUUCUUACCAUUCUGGCUCGUCUCAUUGCUUCCAUUGGCAUUUGA